GAUCUAUCGGAUCCAAACCCGACCCAUUUCUGUCGCCGAAGAAGUUAAAAUCAAAUUCAGGUAAAGUUGUCAGGCGGUGAACCACUCUCUCUCGGGAAUCUAAAAUACCAAUUCGACCUCUUGAUAACACGAAGAAGCAUGCGAUCAGGGUUUCCAAUUCGAUUGUCUUCAAUUUCUUAAAAUUUUCAAUUGACAUGCCCGAACAUGGCGGAAGAUAACGACAACCAUAAAAAGGAAGACGGCAGCAAGAAAUUGUGGGGAAUUGUGCUCUUCAGUUUGAUUGGCGCCACUGCAACCACCUUUGCUGUUGGACAACUGAGACAGUUUGGGCGAACUGUUGAUUGGAUUUCUACCCAGUUUUCCAGGAUGCAGUCAAAUAAAGGAGGAAGUGGUUCUUUUAGAUCAUCUUUUCAGGAGGACGCACGUAGAAGGUACAGACAGCGGAUGCAAGAGGAAUAUGAAGAUGAGCUAGAGAGAGUGGAGCGCAUACGUCGUAUGCAAAGUGUGUUCAACAGAGAGAGAAAUAAGUAUAAAAGAAGCUAUGAGAGCUGGAGAGAAAAUGGGACUGGUGAAUAUCAUCAACAUUUCCAGCGGGAUGAUUGGUAUUGGACAGCUGAGUCUUCCUUUAGAGAUCGAAAGACAAACCAUAAACAGACGCCUCAAAAAAAUGGAUCUUAUUCUUUAUCUCGCCACUAUGCAGUCUUAGGCCUUGACAGGCUAAGAACAAAAUCAUACACUGAUGAGGAGAUAAAGUCAGCCUUCAGAGCAAAGGCAUUGGAGUUCCAUCCUGAUCAGAACCAGGAUAAUAAAGAGGUUGCUGAAGCGAAAUUUAAAGAGGUAAUGACGUCGUAUGAGGCUAUAAAAUCCGAAAGGAAGGAUGUAAAGUAGAGGACAAUUAGUACAUAAAUGUGUCACAAAUACUUCCUUUUAGCUACAUAAGGAAUCAGCUCAUCAAAUCCUACAAAUCUGUUUCUAUGUAGUUCAGUGCUUUUUUGAGAGUUCAAGAGCAAGUGUUGUAAUGUAGGAUGCUUCUUUCAUCGAUCAAUUUCAGCUUCCCAAAAAAUGAUUGGGGCCAACAUGUUCUUAGUGCAACAAAUUUUGGAGCCGAGUCCUUACGCUUGCCACAGGAUGUGAUGUUAUGGCAAAAUAAAAAGUAAAAUAGAUAAUCCCCUUUCCUGUAUAAAGUUCCAUACGUGUGUAUUCUGGUGAUCAUCAAUGAAUGUUGUAGUGAACAUUUAGUUGGCUGUAAAAAAGUCGUGACCGAAUAAUGGAGUAAUGGUUUCGUUAUAUUUCAUAGGGAAAAAUCGUUGUUUGACUGGAUAUUAGACUGA